UCUGGGAGGCAUGUGAUGGAUUCCGUAGCCUCUGAGAACGAUGCCAGGGCGAUCCGCGUCUUCUUCAUCCCCUUCUUCGCCACUGGCCACAUGAUCCCCUUGGUCGACAUAGCCCGCCUCUUCGCCGCCCGGGGCGUUGACUCCACCGUCCUUGUCACCCCCGCCAACGCCGCCCUCAUCCGCGCCACCGUCGACGACGCCGCCGCCUCCGGCCUCCCCCUCCGCACUCUCGUCUACCCCUUCCCUUCCUCCGAGUGCGACCUUCCCCCGGGCGUCGAGAACAUCAGCGCCCUGCCUCCCUCCGAUUCCUACAAGAUCGACGUCGCUACCCCCUUCGCACGCCCCGAACACGAGCGCCUCCUCCGCCUCCACCGCCCUGACGCUGUCGUCGCCGACACUCACUUCCCCUGGACCACCUACAUCGCUCGCGAUCUUGGCGUCCCGCGCAUCGCCUUCCAGGCGCUGGGCCUCUUCCCUGUCUGCGUCAUGGCCUCCGUCAUCCGCAAGAGACCCCACCUGGCCACCUCUGGCGACAACGAGCCCUUCCUCGUGCCGGACCUCCCUCACCCCGUGCACCUAGUCCCCUCCGAGCUCCCCGACUUCAUUCGAGGGGAAACCAUCAUUACAGGCAUCCUUGAAGAGCUCGCAGAGGCGGAGAAAGGCAGCUUGGGCGUCGUCGUCAACAGCUUCGCCGAGAUGGAAGAGGCCUAUGCCGAACACUACCACAAAGUCGGUAGCAUCAGGAGCUGGUUCGUGGGCCCAGUGGCGCUGGCAAACGCCGACGCCAAGGGCCUUGGUGCGCGCGGUGGUGACGACCCUGUCGCCGCCGCAAAUCGCGCGCGGUGCCUCUCGUGGCUCGACGCAAAGGAACCGAAGUCGGUGUUGUACGUGUGCUUCGGAAGCUGGAGCCACUUCAGGGGCGAGCAGCUCCGGGAGAUGGCGCUGGGGAUGGAGGCAGCUGGUCACCCGUUCCUGUGGGUGGUGAGGGACGACGUCGACGAGUGGAUGCCGGACGGGUUCGAGCGGCGGGUGGCGAGCCGGGGGCUGGUGGUCCGGGGUUGGGCCCCGCAGGUGGCCAUCUUGGCCCACGCGGCGGUGGGCGGGUUCGUGACGCACUGCGGGUGGAACUCGGUGCUCGAAGGGGUGACCGCCGGCCUGCCCAUGGUCACGUGGCCGCUGUCGACGGAGCAGUUCAUCAACGAGAAGCUGGUGGUGGGGGUGCUGCGGAUGGGCGUGAGGGCGGCGGAGCGGCCCGGGAGCACGGCAGAGUCAGAGCGCCCACUCGUGGGGGCGGUCGAGCUCGCGAAGGCAGUGGCGAGGGUGAUGGGCGGCGGGGAGGAGGCGGAGGCGAUGCGCAGGAGGGCGAGGGAGCACGGGAAGAUGGCGAGGGCGGCGGUGACCGAGGGCGGGUCGUCUUACAAGGGCCUGAGUGAUUUGAUAGAGGAGAUCCGGAAGUGGCACGCGGAGAGGAUGAGCAGUGCCGCCGCAGUGAUCGCCACGUAGCUGUAGCCACUUCGUUUCCCUCGUUUCCCGCGUCGAACUGUCGUCCACCUUCGUUUCCCUCCCUCUUUUCACGUGAAUGGCUGCCGAUGUCUUCUGCUGUGAUCGUUGACAUCUGAUGGAGUGCAUCGUUGCAGAGGAGUGAUUACGGACCCAUUCCUGUUGUUUUAUGCCACUUGUGCAAACCUAAUCUGUUGUCAUUAUGUGCUUUGAAGACCCACUCAAUUUGCUAAUAUAUUAUGCGUCGGUGUUUUUUCUUUAAUAAAUAAA